CCACUUGAGCCAAGGUGCCAUUAGUGGUUGAUCAUAGAUGAGUCUUGUGGGUUUGCCUGCUGGGCUGGCUUCAGAUUACAAUCCUCAACUCUCAGGCUCCUAGAUGACCAGCGUGAGUCAUGGGUGGCAGCUCACUGCUUGUUUUGAGCCAGAUGCUGAAAUUUGUGGAGAUGAGUCUGGUGAAGGCUGACUAGGCUUCUCUUUUCCUGAAUAAGAAAACACCAACAACAAAAGCCUCAAAAGCAGGUGCAUAAAGGCAUUGGUAGUGGUAUAAUGCCAAGCACAGGGGACAACAAUCAAAAGCAAAGAUAAGAAAGAAACAGGCAGAACUUCCUCAUCAGAAAUCAUUGGAGGAGGCAUCCCCUGUGAGAACUCAGAGGUCCUUCUUUGCUGGGGGGUGGUGUGGGGGUUCUUUCUGUCUAGACGCUCCCCAGGGCACUGGCAAGGCCCUAAGGCCCCUGCUCUGAGCUCUGGUCCACUGUUUACUCUAUAGGAUGACAAAUGAUUAACCCCUGGAAUCUUUUAUUAGACCCCAGCUCUGGUCAUGAGUUUAGCCUUUUGAACCCAGGCUGAAAUUGUUUUUUCAGCCUCUGCCCCAACUGCAGUCCUUGCCUGGCCUCUAGCAUGGACAGAGUUCCCUCUGCACAGUGUGGAGGUCAGGGGCCUGGGAAGCAGCCAUGUCUCCCAUCAGAGGCAAUAGCCACUUUAGUUCUAGGAGUUUCUGGUGGUAUGCUUAUUUGAUUCCUUUAUAGAGCAGGCACCCGUGGACACUUCCCUUGGCCUUUUCUUCUGGGGUGGAACAAGAAGAUAAUCAGGCUGUUGUGUGAACACCAGGACUCAGGGAUCCACGGAAUGGGCUCUGAUUUUGAGAACUCUGAGGACAGGGAAGGAGACCUAGAAGAAAGAAGAAUGGACUCUAAUGCACAGGAAGCAGAAGAGAGAGGCCACCUAGAGCCAGAGAUGGCCUCAAACCCACUGGAUGAAGCUCUGAGAGGGAGCUCUCCCGAGGACGAACUAGUGCCCAAUAUCUGCAGAGAGGGGCCUUGUCCGGAAGACAGGGGCGCGGGCCGACGCUGCGUGGCGAACCCGAGGGUGCUCCGGGGACUGUGGAGGCCCGACUGCAGAUCCCGGAGUCCCGGGGAGGAGGAGGAGGCACCGCAGGAGGAGGAGGAGGAGGAGGAGGCCCUGCAGGAAGAUGAGGAGGAGCAGCGGGAGGACCAGCCGCCCCCUCCCGUCCUCCCAUGGAGGCGCCAGCUUUCCCUGGGCAGCCGGCUUCGGGGCGACAAGCCGGCCCCGCGCCGCUUCCACCGGCCGCAGCUGCCCCUGGCCGUGGACCUCGGGGAGUUGGACAGCCUGGUGGCCAGCAUCAUGGACGCCCCCACCAUCUGCCCGGACUGCGGGGAGAGCUUCAGCCCGGGUUCUGCCUUCGCGCAGCACCAGCGCGCGCACAGACUGGCAGAGGCGGCGGCGGGCCUGGGGCGGUUCGGCCUGGCGGGGGAGUGCGGCGCGGCGGCGGGCGUGGCCGGCGCGGCGGCGGGCGUGGCCGGCGCGGCGGUGGGCGUGGCCGCGGCGCCGGCGCGGGCGCGGCCCCCGCGGGAGAAGCCCUUCCGCUGCGGCGAGUGCGGAAAGGGCUUCAGCCGCAAUACCUACCUGGCCAACCACCUGCGCCUGCACGCGGGCGAGCGGCCCAACCUGUGCGCCGACUGCGGCAAGAGCUUCAGCUGGCGCGCCGACCUGCUCAAGCACCGGCGGCUGCACACGGGCGAGAAGCCCUACCCGUGCCCCGAGUGCGGCCAGGCCUUCAGCCUCAGCUCGCACCUGCUGAGCCACCGGCGGGCGCACGCGGCGGGCACGGGCGCGGGCGCGGGCGCGGGCGCGGCGCCACGGCCCUUCGCCUGCGGCGAGUGCGGCAAGGGCUUCGCGCGCCGCUCGCACCUGGCCAACCACCAGCGCAUCCACACCGGCGAGAAGCCGCACGGCUGCGGCGAGUGCGGCAAGCGCUUCAGCUGGCGCUCGGACCUGGUGAAGCACCAGCGCGUGCACACGGGCGAGAAGCCCUACAUGUGCUCCGAGUGCGGGGAGACCUUCAGCGUCAGCUCGCACCUCUUCACGCACAAGCGCACGCACUCGGGAGAACGCCCCUACGUGUGCCGCGAGUGCGGCAAGGGCUUCGGCCGCAACUCGCACCUGGUCAACCACCUGCGCGUGCACACGGGCGAGAAGCCCUUCGGCUGCGGCCAGUGCCACAAGCGCUUCGGCGACUUCUCCACGCUCACGCAGCACCAGCGCACGCACACGGGCGAGAAGCCCUACGCCUGCGCCGAGUGCGGCAAGAGCUUCAUCCAGAGCUCGCACCUCAUCCGCCACCGCCGCAUCCACACGGGCAACCGGCCGCACAAGUGCACCGCCUGCGGCAAGGCCUUCCGCUACAAGACGCACCUGGCGCAGCAUCAGAAGCUGCACCUGUGCUAGGCGCGGGCCGGGAACCCUGCACGGACAAGUGGGGGGACGCCGGGCCCGGGGUUGCCUGGUCACGGACCCUGCACAAACAAGUGUGUGUGGGGGAUGUAUCUUGGAGGAGGCAGUUGUUUUGGGGUGCUAUGUUGUGCCUACCUCCUUCUGGUGGAUGCAUUUCUGGGAGAUGUGCGUGAGUCCACCCGUAACCCCAUAGGUGCAGCCGGUACGGGAAGGAAGAGCGGGACUGCUGAGGCUCUUGAGGAAUGGGAUUGGGUGGGGAGCACAGAGGAGGAGGGCGGGCAGCAGAGCAGGGUGGUCGGCUACACUUUGUGGGGAUCAGUGCAGAAGAAAGGUGUGGUUAGAGAACGAUUCUCUCCUGUUUCCACCAGAUGGCAAAACCCGUGUCCACCCUUACCCUCCCCCCCUCAGUGGAAGUGGGAGAACCUUUGUAAUUCAGUAUGAGGGGAUACUUAGUAUAAAUUCCUCCUAUCCCCUUGUCUGUGAGCCUCAAGUUAGCUGCUAUUUCGAUAAAUCCAGGGGAAAACUGAGCAGAAACGCGCGCGCGCGUGCGCGUGCACACACACACAUACACACACCUUUUAAGGGGUGACUCUGCUGCAAGUUAGAAAACCACUUGUAACCACUUCUCAGCUCCCUUGGUAAAUGCUUCGUCUGGCUCCUUGAAAACACUUUUAGCUCCCUGCUGGGUCCAGGUUGGAUGACCUGCCCCUUACCUCCGAAGUCAGCUGUGUGCCAGGCCCCCUUGUCAAUGGGGGGAGGGGGACAAAACCAUCUCCUUUCCCAGGUCAGCCUGAUUGAUGAUGGGUGCAUGGCCAGUGACCCCCAGACCAUCAAGUGCUGCUUGGUCUUAUGUGACAAAUCCAGGAAGGCAAAGAUGGCUUGUGGGAUAAAAGGCCCCUUUGUCUCAUUCGUCUCCGCUUUGCAUGUGUGUACCCUGACCCCACUAACCCCCAACUCCAGCUAUGUGAAUGAGGGAAUCUAGUCAAAGUAGGAUUCACCGCCCCCAUAUGUGUAGAGGCAUCAUAGACAAAUCAAGACUUUACACAGGAAGGCAUAGUCAGGGAGAAGUGUAAAUGCAAAAUUGCCAAAUAGCACAAGUAAUUUAUGUUUUCUAGUUGUUACAUUGAUGCCAAAAUAGCACUUUCUCAUUGCAAAGUGCUUUAUGCUUUUUAAUGAUAGUUUCUCAUGUCUUUGUGAGGUGAAACAGUAUUAUGACCUGUCUUAGGAAAGGCUUAGAGAUAGUGCAGUGAGCUGCCCUAAAGGAAGGCUGAGGAUUGUGAAUAGAUGUGUUUUCCAGCUCCUCUGCUAGGGAGACUUACCCAUUAGGAUUUAUAGAAUAAAAUAGGGACACUGAAUAUUCUUAUACUUGAUGGAGAACUCAAACCUAGUCCAGGAGGGCCAAAGAUGUCCUUAUUGACAAAGCUGGCCUUUGUCACCUUACUCAACUGUCCUAGCUAUGUUCCAUUUCUAGUAGGGGGCUGUAGUUAGAUGACUCUUGUAUAGAUUCCAGUUCCCUACACUGAAAAUCCCUCUCCUAGGUUAGCCUCUAGAAGUUAGAGUUGUGGAAAGCACUGUUGUUUUCUGAACAUUUCUUAUACAGUAUGAUUAGUGGAAGCAUUAUCACAAAUCCUUGGGCACCAUUGAAAGGGGAAAACAGCUAAAAGAUUAUUCAUACAGUUCUAAAACUAUACGUUUCUGUGAUUUUAUUGCUAUUAAUUUGUAUUUGAUCAUUUGUAUUUUAGCAAUAAACCUUUUGGGGAUUAUUGGAAAGCAUGUUUUUGUUAUAACAACACAAUAAUAUAGAAUUUGGGCUUGUAUAUUGCCUGUUGAUCUUGUCCUCUUAAUCAAUUUAUUGUUAUUCACAAAUGAUGGUCCUGUUAGGGAUACUUAUUUUCUUUUUAGUUAUGCAAGCAAAGUGUCCAUUAUUUAUUCUGACUCUUGUCUGAAUUCCAAGUAUUCUAAGGACCUUCAUAAGAACAAUAUAGCCAGUUUGUAGGGAGUCUUGUUCCUUUUUGUGUUUUCCCCCCUCCCCCCCCCCAUUCAUCUACCUCUGGCCUGGCAGUUUUAAGUUCUCACAAGUCUGUGCCUGUGAAAUCUCAUCCAACUUUUGGUUGCCCGUGAUUGUUUUUCUACUUUACGGGUUAUUUGGUCUUUACACAUGGUCUAGCCAGCAUCUCAUGUGUGCCAUUAUCUGCAACUUUAGAGAGAAGGUUCAAUGGGGAGUGGUUGGAGCAUAUGGAAAAUAAAAGUAUUGGAAAUCAUUGUACUUAAUUUGCCUCUCUUGUUUUAUCUUUCAUCACAAGACACAGCUACUAUCUCUGGUGAGCAAACACCUUAGCAGAAGAAAGCUGUUCACCUACCCACUCCCCACCCCAGGGUGUAUUUCGAAUGUGAUUCCAUUUUUUUCUUGCACCUCUUCAAGGAACAUACUUGGAUCUGGAGGUCGUUUGUUGUCUUCAGUCUUGGAAUGAUAGUUUUCUUUGGCAAAUCCUAUUGACUGUGGUUGGCCCUGAGAAAUGUUCUUCUAAAGAUUCCUGCCUCCAAAUCAUAAUGCUGGAAGCAAGUGUACUGUUUGUUUCAUUGGCAGUUUGAUCAAGAGCAGGCUGCCCUUCUCUAAACAAAAACUGGAAUGGUGUAAAGGCUAGUUUGAUUAAAUCUCCAGUCUGACUCUGAGGAAGAGGAGCAGCUACCCCUCUGAGCCAUGUGUUCUCUGCAAUCAAGAGGCCAUACACAUCUGAAGAAAAGUACAAGUUAAUCUGUGUUCAUAGACAAUCUGAAUUGCGUUUCUGAAAUUUGUGCACAUGUUUUUUCACUGUAAUAUUGUUUUACAUCUGUUUGUAAAAAUAGGGAUUAACUUAAUGAUUUAAAGAGUAAUGGAUUUUGUGUGAAUGUGCUUGUGUAUGUGAGAGUUGCAUUGUUUUGGGGUUCUGUUAUUUAAUAAUGGUUCCUUGGACAGCCUCCUGGUGUUCAACAACCGAUAUAGAAUAUGUCUCAUUAAAUCCACAUCAGUCUUUUA